AUGACUGACAGAAACCCGAUCUUGGACGAUCUCGUGGACUCUGGGAAUGAAGAAAGUAGUCUCAAGACAGCAGCCUCUGAUGAUGACGAGAGUCUCCUGCAACUUGACGGUGACGCAUUUCGUCUCGAUAACGGAACACAGAGUCAAAGUAGUAAUAACAAGCGAACACUGUUUGUGAAUGGCGAUAGUACUAUAGAAAGCCCUGCCAGAGAUGUAGGCGGCUUGUUGCGCACCCCAUUGCCCCAUGGGAAUACACCACGGAAAUUGAACGACACUUCGACAGGGUCGGAGCCCGUAGAUUUGUGGGAUUUCAAACCUUUAACGCACCGUGCAUUCGAGGCAAGGGUACCUAAUCAUCGCAAAAUCAAAGGUUGGAGGGGGCCGUCAAGGAAGCUGAUAUCAAACCUUGCGAACAUCUUGGAGAAUAAUGUAGGAAUUGCAUUGGAGCAAAGUUUUACGAAGUAUCAAGCGGAAUGCGAGCGAUUUGUGCUUGACCAAAGCAUUCGAACUCUACGAAAGUCGAAAGAGCGUAUGCUUUUCCAUCUGGUGGGAAAACUGGAACAUUGUCUACGACAAUCGCGUUUCCCAAUGCGCACGUCUGACAAAGACUUGGACAUCGAAUAUAUGUGUGCCAAGCGCAAAUUUCUCCAAGAUCGGCUCUCGCAUGAAUUGCGGCGUUUGCAGACAAUCGAGCAUCAAGUUGAGCGCGAAAAAAGCACUUUGAAUGAUCUUAAAGAAUCACACUCUCGACAGAUGGAUCGCACUGCCCGAAAAUCUAAGUCCUUGACCGAACAGCUCUCUCAGAAUUUGCACCCGGCCCUUAGCAAAGCUAUGAUCAACUCAUUCGGGCUCAUCAGGGAUACCGAGGCGAAUCCGGACCGCUAUCACCAUGACGUCGAUAAUUUGAACCUGAAGCUACAAGAUCCAUUAUCGGACGGUGAGCAUGUCAAACUUCGAAAUCAUAUUCCCUCACUUCAAAGCUUUGAAGAUACCGUGCAGGAUAUACAAAAAUCAUGCCAUUUUAUUCUCGAAGAAUCUCCAAGUUAG